AUGCCACGCUCCCUGUUUCGCAACGUUCGUGUGCUGGGCGCCACGCCUCGGUUCGCCGCCGGUGUUCAAGGGUUGACAGAAGCAGUGUUGCUGGCGGAACGAGCCCCACAAGCUGUUGAACUUUCCAUCCACUUUGUUACACCUGGCAGAAUGCAUGAGCUGAACCUCGAGCAUCGUGGAGUGGACAAACCAACAGACGUACUGACGUUCCCUGGAAGCGGAAGUGGGACGCCCUAUGCAAAGUUCCUCAACGAAACAGUUUUGCUAGCUCGUGUGGAGGGUGACAACGCGUGCGUCGCUGACCCAAGUGUAUUGGCGGAGCGUCGUGCCCUCCUUCAGGAGCUCGGUGACAUUUACUUUAGCGUGGAAUACAUUUCGAUGCGUUGCUCGUGCAGGCCCACGCACUGCCUAAGGUUCCACGACUAUCUGCAGGCGGCGUUGACGCACGCGCUGCUUCAUGCCUUGGGGUACGAUCACGCCACACCUGAGCAGUGGAAGAGGAUGACGAAACGAGAAAGGUUUCUUAGGCAUCGGUUAUCUGUUUGGCGGCGGCGUUGGCCAGGCUGCCUCCAGGAGCUGGAUGGAGUUGAAAUGCUGAUGUCCCCGGUGACGCGGUGA